GAGAUGGGGAGCUACACUACUCGUUUCGCUCCGACAUUCUUGCACUCAUAAUGUCCUGUAUGUAAUUCUGUGUGGACUUGUCAGUUUUCAGAUGGUAUCUAAACAGUUUCCUGUCAGAAAAUACUUCGUUUCGGGUAUGGGUGUUUAUUUAUGAGAGUACUCUAAUAACUACUUUUUGUUGCACUGCCUUACUGAGAAGAGCGCGUGCUUUGAAGGUGCGUUGUAUGCAUUACAUCUUACAAUGAGAGAGUGCAUCGUGUGCGUAUGGGCGUUUAUCCUGCUGCUAAGGUUACCAACAUGUGCAGGGGAAGAGAUCAGAGACGCCUCUGCAAAUGUUGUGAAUCCCUGUUGCUAUUACCCCUGUCAAAACUGGGGUGUGUGUUUAAGGUUUGGCACUGACCGCUAUGAAUGUGACUGCACUCGCACCGGCUUCUAUGGACAGAAUUGCACUAUCCCUGAGUUCUGGACAAGGGUCUACCUGAAGCUGAAGCCGAGCCCUGAUGUGGUCCACUAUAUCCUUACACACUUCCACUGGCUGUGGAGCCUCAUCAACAGGACCUUCCUACGGGACUGGCUCAUGAGGGUGGUCCUCACAGUCAGAGCAAACCUUAUUCCCAGUCCUCCUACCUUCAACUCAAAGUAUGGAUACCUCAGCUGGGAAUCCUACUCCAAUGUCUCCUAUUACACCCGUAUCCUACCCCCUGUGCCUGAAGGCUGCCCCACCCCUAUGGGUGCCAAAGGAAAGUCUGUCCUCCCAGACCCAAAGCUGUUGGUGGAGAAGUUUCUGCUGAGGAGGAAGUUCAGGCCGGAUCCACAGGGAACCAACCUGAUGUUUGCUUUCUUCGCUCAGCACUUCACCCAUCAGUUCUUCAAGACUCAAAACAGCAUGGGCCUGGGCUUCACCAGGGCGUUGGGGCAUGGGGUGGAUGCCGGCCAUGUCUACGGCGAUAAUCUGGUGCGUCAACUGAACCUCCGGCUUCUUAAAGACGGAAAGAUGAAACACCAGGUAAUUAAAGGUGAGGUGUACCCUCCAACGAUAGCCGAGGCACCAGUGAAUAUGAGCUACCCUCGAGGGGUUCCCGAGGGGCAGCGUAUGGCCAUUGGGCAGGAGGUGUUUGGGCUGCUGCCAGGCCUCACCAUGUACGCCACCCUGUGGCUGAGAGAACACAACCGCGUCUGUGACAUCCUGAAGGCCGAGCACCCCACCUGGGGGGAUGAGCAGCUCUUCCAGACCACCAGGCUCAUCGUCAUAGGUGAGACUAUCCGGAUAGUGAUCGAGGACUACGUGCAGCACCUGAGCGGCUACCUGUUGGAUCUGAAGUUCGAUCCGGUCCUGCUCUUCAAGUCCACAUUCCAGUACAGGAACCGCAUCGCUGUGGAGUUCAACCAACUGUACCACUGGCACCCCCUGAUGCCAGACAGCUUCCACAUAGACGGAGACGUGGUGCCCUACUCUCAGUUCAUCUUCAACACCUCCAUCGUCACACACUACGGGGUGGAGAAACUGGUGGACGCUUUCUCACGCCAGUGUGCUGGACAGAUAGGAGGUGGGAAGAACAUCCACCCAGUGGUGACCAAGGUGGCCGAGGGUGUUAUUGAAGAGUCCAGGGCUCUGCGUCUCCAACCCUUCAAUGAGUACAGGAAGAGGUUCAACCUGAGGCCCUACACAUCUUUCUCUGACUUCACUGGUGAGGAGGAGAUAGCCAGGGAGCUGGAGGAACUCUAUGGUGACAUCGAUGCGCUGGAGUUCUACCCCGCCCUCAUGCUGGAGAAGACACGCCCCAACGCCAUAUUUGGCGAGAGCAUGGUGGAGAUGGGGGCUCUCUCCCUGAAAGGCCUUCUGGGUAACCCGAUCUGUUCCCCUGAGUACUGGAAGCCCAGCACGUUUGGAGGCCAGACAGGCUUUGAUAUAGUCAACUCAGCCUCGCUGGAGAGACUGGUGUGUCUGAACACUAAGUGGUGUCCUUACGUAGCCUUUAGUGUGCCUCCAGCUGGGCAGGAGCCACCGCCAAGGAAACCGUCCACUGAACUGUAGCUAUAGUGAGUUUACUGUAAUCCAUGGUUACGUUAGUGUUGUAUGGUAUUAUUGUAAUGCCCUUGCCCACCUUUGAUGCCUGUACUGUAUAUUGUGUUUACAAUGCAAGGACUGCAUUUAUGAAUCAUCACCAAGUUCCCUAUGUAUGUUGUAUUUUGUGAACAUGAAAAGUAGCCUGGAUUAAAAACUCAUAAAAUAGUGAAAUAGUUUGUAAUAAGAUUUAUUUGAUAUUAAUUUAGGUGUACAUCCAUAAUGAUCUCGUUAUGGUCAUUGAUUUAACAUUAUUUUUGCAAAAAGGUAGAAAUGAAAAUCACAUUGGAAACUGUAUAACAGAAUAUUGUCAAAUGAAGUACAGCAGUGUUAUUGUUGGCCAUUCUUGAGUAAAUAAAACAUCUAUUUGAUACAGUA